UCCGUCUCCAACCCUGCGCCUUCUCGGCGUCUUCCUCUGGUUUCUGAUUUAUUCCGCGGUUUCCCCGCGGCCUCCUCCCUUGGGAAGAUGGAGAGGUCGAAAGCAGAGGGAUUGGACAGUCGCCCUUUCACACUCCCAAAGUUCUGCUCCAGGGAGCUAUGGCCGGUGUCUUCUCCCGUCUGCCGCCCGCCCGCCCCGGGCUCAGGCUCCUGGCUCUGGCCGGAGCUGGGUCUCUCGCCGCUGGGCUUCUGCUCCUCCCGGAACCCGUUCGGGCAACCCGCGAUCGCCGGAGGCUGUAUCCUCCAAGCGCUGAGUACCCAGACCUCCGAAAGCACAACAACUGCAUGGCCAGUCACCUGACCCCAGCAGUCUAUGCACGGCUUUGCGACAAGACCACACCCACUGGUUGGACACUAGAUCAGUGCAUCCAGACUGGCGUGGACAACCCUGGCCACCCCUUCAUCAAGACUGUGGGCAUGGUGGCUGGAGAUGAGGAGACCUAUGAGGUAUUUGCUGAGCUGUUCGACCCUGUGAUUCAAGAGCGACACAAUGGAUAUGACCCCCGGACCAUGAAGCACACCACUGACCUGGAUGCCAGUAAGAUCCGUUCUGGUUACUUUGAUGAGCGGUAUGUCUUGUCCUCACGAGUCAGAACUGGCCGAAGUAUCAGAGGACUUAGUCUGCCUCCAGCCUGCACCCGGGCUGAGCGACGAGAGGUAGAACGUGUUGUGGUGGAUGCGUUGAGUGGCCUAAAGGGUGACCUCACUGGACGUUACUACAGGCUCAGCGAGAUGACGGAGGCUGAGCAGCAGCAGCUUAUUGAUGACCACUUCCUGUUCGAUAAGCCUGUGUCCCCAUUGCUGACUGCAGCAGGAAUGGCUCGAGACUGGCCGGAUGCUCGCGGAAUCUGGCAUAACAAUGAGAAGAGCUUUUUGAUCUGGGUGAAUGAGGAGGAUCACACCAGGGUCAUCUCCAUGGAGAAGGGUGGCAACAUGAAGAGAGUGUUUGAAAGAUUCUGCCGGGGCCUCAAAGAGGUUAUUGGGGGAUUAAAUGAAAUAAUGCAGGUAAUUGAUCCACAGACAGUCUCAGUGGAGCGGCUGAUCCAGGAGCGUGGCUGGGAGUUCAUGUGGAAUGAGCGUUUGGGAUACAUCUUGACCUGUCCAUCUAACCUGGGCACUGGACUUCGGGCUGGAGUGCACAUCAAACUACCCCUGCUAAGCAAAGAUAACCGAUUCCCAAAGAUCCUGGAGAACCUGAGACUCCAGAAGCGUGGUACUGGAGGAGUGGACACUGCAGCCACAGGCAGCAUCUUUGACAUCUCUAAUCUGGAUCGGCUGGGCAAGUCAGAGGUGGAGCUGGUACAGCUGGUCAUCGAUGGAGUGAACUAUCUGAUUGACUGUGAACGGCGUCUGGAGAGAGGCCAGGAUAUCCGAAUCCCUGCACCUCUUAUCCACAGUAAACAUUAACCCCCAUCUCCAGCAGAUGACUCAAGAUCCCCAGGACUCCUCCUCCCCAUUUAGGGGUGGAUGAUUCUAUUUGCCCUGGACCUGCCCUCCACCUCACCUCCAUCCUAGUAAAGACUCCUUGCUAUGC